UUUUGUGCGAAUUGGUUGUGUUGUGAUAUCAAAUCCGAAAAAGAAAAUUUAUUAAAAAAUUGCUUGAUAAAUUUUAUAAUAAAUCAGUAUUUUUAAAAAUUACAUACAAUAAUUGUUACCAAGCCAAGUUUUCAUGUGAAACGCAUAGAAUUUUAAUUCAUAAUUUUGAAAUAUUUAGCUUUUGUGGAGUGCAACGACCUUGAAUGUUGUGGCAAAGCUAUUUUCAAGCCAAAAUAUUAAAAGUUUGUAAAAAAAAGUUUAGUUUUUUUUGCUAAAAUAAUUGUUCUAAAAUAAAUUAAAGCCGCCAAAAAUUAUUUACUGGCGGUCCAUAUUUGAGUAAGCGCAAAAAAAUCAAAAAAAAAAAAAAGAAUUAUCACCAAACACGGCAAAAAUAAUAACAACAACAAUCACAACAACAAAAUUUCAAUAAGAAAAAGUAAACAAAGCAGAAGUAGAAUGGCAGAGGAAGCAACUUUGGAACACGGCGAUCAUCAUGUGCAUUUCGACACAGCUAGUCUCAAAGACGAGUUCGAAACUGAUCCAAGCUCUGUUACAUACCAGCGUUCCGGUGACACUAUUGUUGUCAGUUUGGGUUUCCUACAAGUCAAUCAUCGUUAUUUAAUUGAUCUUAAGCUACCGAUCUCGCUGUUUGGCAAUAUAAGCGACGAGGGCAAAAGUCAAUUUGAACCUGAUGUGACGACAGUUCCUAAUUUACAUUGCCGCAUUACAGAAUUCUCCGGUGUUAAACACGAUACUCAUGAUUUCUAUGAAAUGAAAUUAGAAUUUUUCGCUUAUAAAGAAAAACUCCUUCGUGAAACAUUACAUAUUGUCAACUCGAAAAAUUCUAAAGAAGUCCUAACGCUGGUUAUAAGUGCACGAGUAUUGGGUAAGGGCAAAGGUACUCCGAUGUUGCGAAAUGGUAUACACUGCAUAGGUAUGGAAGCAGAUGAGGAGUCAGAGUCAUCAGAUUUUGCUGGCUUUAGCAAACAUUCUUAAAUAUUCGAAAUAACGCCAUGAAGAAACUAUAGAUAUAUAUUAUAUGCAAUUAUUAUUUGCAUAUAAGAUACAUAAAAAAUGUAUUCAUUUAAAAUUAUUCAUAAACAUUUUAAAAGCAUUCUUUGUUCUUGACAACAUUGUGGCAUUUGAAACAUAAAUUUCUAUUAUUAUACAUAUUAGUUGAUUUAAUAAAUUGUUAACUUUUAAAAAUAAUUGUAAAUGAUUUAAGUCAUUAUAUGAUUGCAUUAAAGCAGAUGCAGAUACUUAAAGCGUGUAUAUUAGUAUAAUUUAUUUAAAGAAAAAAAAUAGUAUUGUUAAAGCUAAAAAAUCCACGAGAGGUUUUUAUCUCAUUCAGAUACAUUUGUUUAAAAAACAGCUCAGACACCAUAAAUGGUGUAAAAAAUGCAAUGGAAAUAUAAAGAAUUGUAGUUAGUAAUAAUAAAUAAUAUUGAAUAUUAUUG